AUGGCUUCUGGAAAACUGAUUAAGCUCAUAGUUUUUGAGCUGCUGGAGUUUGCUGCUUUCUCAGUCCCAACUCUGGUGGUUAUGGAGCAGUUUGCCACCGCCUAUCAGACGACAAGGAAUGUGUCUGAGCCAACACAUUAUUGGCUGAUCGUUUCCUGUUCUAUUGCUUAUGUGGCUUCAGUGACUCUAUUGAUUUGGGUCCCCAUAAAAGUUAUCUUAUACAAGAAACGUCAUCUUUACAAAAAAAUCACAGGAUGGAGACCCGUUCUGAUGAUGUGUGUAGUACUCACCACCCUUCCCAGCUUCAGCUUUUCUAUAGCAGUGACUGAGGUUCAAAAGAACAUCAAUGGCUCUGCAGAUUUAUUGCCUGAUGCCUUACCUGAUCUCCCAGUAUCCCUGGUUCUGUUAUCCUUGAUCUUGGUUGAUAUUAUUGAAAAAAUCAGGAUAUAUCCCCUCAGAGGAAGUGAAGAGAGCAAUGAAGAUGGGCACAUCCACACAACCUCUUUGCAACAAAUAAAAACUGUGACGGAGCAAGUGAGACAAAAUGAAGUCAGCCCUGCGUCUCCCCAGAGAGCCAACCCCAUCCAAGUGUCGCGGCCACUAGGAGCAGUGACUCAAAGGCAUGUUCCCGUCUUAGUGGGACCCCAGGAGCCCUCCUUUGACUCUGGAAUCCUGAGAACAAUGUCCCGCAGAGAUGUCCGGGCAGAGGUAUUCCUGUGGAGCUUUCUGCUGUGGUCAGACACCGUGGAAAUGUUGCGUGUUGCUGGUCACUCGGCUGUGUACAAGUCGGGCUGGCUGUACCCAGUCUACAUAUUCAGUUUCAUUUCUCUUCUUCGAAUAAUAUUCACUCCCAAGAACCCUCUUCUGAAUUCCUUGGGCAUCCUACUACAGGAUUUACCCUUUGUUUUUGUGAGACUUAGUUUAAUUAUUGUCCUGGGGACUAUUACACCCAUACUGGGACUUUGUAAAAAUAUACUAGUGACUCUCUCUUAUGUUUACUUCAAUUACUUAACCAAACUCAGGGUUUUCUCUACCUUUGAAGCAUCUCCAUUUUAA